AUGAAAGUAUACGGAAAGGGGAACGCAAACGUGGUCCUCGGGAAGGAUGGUGAGGAUGAUGAGUGGCUUUUCAGGGUCUGUACUCGACAUAUGUCGUCGUUACGCCAGUUGAAUGAGUAUACGCGGAUGAAUUAUAGGUUCAUUUGCGAUGUGGUGGUACCGUUGGCUGGAGAGGCUCUUGUCUGUGAGAUGAAGCUGGGGACUCUUGCCUAUAAGGAUGUGAUGCAGUUUGUUAAUGUGAAUGUUAAGGGAAAGGAGAAGCAUGUCGAAGAGGAUGAAGUGAUAGCGAUUAGAAUACGGAAUUUGUCAAUGGCUGAAGAGGGGAAGACGGUAUAUGACAGUCACCAAUUGAAGAUUGUGGUUAAUGAGGAGAAUGGAGAGGUUGCAAUGGAAUUGAAACCCAAAUGGAUAUUCAAUCCUCCAGAUUUGCAAUAUUGUAGGAAUUGCAUGUUGAACAAGUAUAAGAAGCGUGGAGAGAAGGAUACGAAGCUAUGUUUUGCCUGUUAUAAGAACAAUUGUUACGAUUGGGUUCAGACUCUACUGCAAGAUACGAAGAAUCAAUUACCUUGCCAAUUCAAAGAUUGGAUGGUUCAAUACUUUAGUCCGCGGCAAGACAAUGUAUUGACCAAAGUGUACAAUAUACAGGAACAAUUAUACGAUAUCAGUCCGGCAUUGGCCCAGUUAGAGUCUGAGCGUGAUGUGACCACAGAAUUGAUGCUACUCAUGAUUUUGCGAGAUGUAACUGUGAUGAUACAUUGGCAAGAACUAUUUCCGGUCCCCACCGUGAAGAUCGUGGAUUUGGACUUGAAGCCCAGAGACAAGUGGCGCCACUGGCGUGAAACGGCAGAGUUGCUAGACAACUACCACCACCAGCAUCUCAACGACUCUUAUAACCUCCCAUCUUCAUCGGGAUAA